CAGCUAAAUAAUCACGUACGGCUGCAGUCGGCUUUAAUUCUUUUGAGCUCUUAAGAACUAGUACUAAUCGGCUUCCUUAAUAGUUCAUCCUUCUCACCUCACUAUAUAUGUCUUCCAGAUCAGUUCUUCAAUGGCUAAGCCUUGUGGCCCUGUGGCUUCAAGUUGUAAAUGGAACAAAUUUCAAUUUCCCUGCUUAUUCUAUCCAACUCAAGAAGCAACUCUCUAUAUCCCAGAUGCAACUCAUCCUGCUCGCCUUCGCCUUUGAUGCCGGAAAGAUCUUCGGUUUCUUACCCGGAUUAUUGGCUGAUCGUCUACCCCUCUGGUUAAUGCUCCUGAUUGGUUCUAUUCUCGGGUUUGUUGGCUAUGGAUUUUCGUUCCUCCUCUUAAAACUCCAUAUUUAUAUGUAUUGGGUUUUCUUUCUAUUCAUUUUAUUUGCAAGUCUCGGUAUCUCUUGGAUUAACACAGUCUGCAAUGUGGUUAUCACAAGGAACUUUCCUCCUCAUCAUCAAUUACAAGUUGUGGCGGGGAUAGCAAUUAGCUACCAAGGAUUAAGCGCAAAGAUCUAUACAGAUUUUGUUCAUGCUCUUUUUUCCCCUGCGCCGGAUAAAAUAGCUGAAGCGUUUCUUCUUCUCAACUCUAUCUCAGCUAUAAUCUUUUUAGUCACAGCCGCACCAAUUCUGAUUCCAAAAAUUGAAUUUGGAAGACCAAGAUCAAUCAUGAGAGUUGGGUUCGCUGUUCUAUUUUUCAUAGCAUUAGGGACUGGAAUCUAUUCUUUGAUCAGCAGUUUAGUUCCAAUAUCACCUCGGGGUAAAAUUGUUGGCAUGGGAGUUUUAAUGGAUGAUCACGAUCAUCACUCACAUUUGAUCUCAAUCUUGCACAGAUCAAGGAGCAAAUCAGCUUACCAUCCAUACUUGGCAACCUGCAAUCCCGUGUAUACAGCAGUGUAAUUCUUAGCUUUAUUUGUAAAUGUUAUGGCAGUAAUUACUUGCCUUAUUUGUAAACGUUAGCCAUGUAUAAAUAGGAAUAUUUUGUAAUACAAAGUGUUGUUGAAUAACAAAAACACCAACGUGUUUCAAAUUUCUAUA